AUGUCUGUGUUCCAGAUCACAUUCUUCAUCAUCAUCAUCAUCAUCAGCUCCGUGUUUCUACGCACUCACUCAGCUGAUAAUAUCUACUUUGCCGUGAUGCCUCACACAGUAACUGCUCUGACAGGCUCUUGUGUGCAGAUUCCUUACAAAUCUAUUGAUGGGAUCUGGUUGAAAAAUAAAUCACAGUUUGCUGACAGAGACAGUUUCAUAGCUUUUAAUAGCAGUAAAAACAUCAUUAGAGGAUUCAGUGACAUACAGAUAACUGGAAAUCUCACUGAGAGGAACUGCACAACUGUCUUCUAUAACAUCAUGAAGAAUCAUUCAGACUCUUACUACUUCAGACUGGAAAUGGAGCCAAAUGUGUUCAGAGGAACAUUUUUCCUCAAUCAAGCUAAAUCAACUGUGAAGAUCGCUGUCAGAGAUUCACCACAACCUCCUGAACUUAAACCCAAAGAUAAAUACUCUGUGAUGGAGAACACAACAGUCAAUCUGAGCUGCUCUGCUGAAGCCCCCUGCCCCAAACAACCUCCUACAAUAUCCUGGUCCAACAUCCCUGAAUCUGCCAACAUUACAACACAGUUACAGGAGAAACCUGAUAAAACCCUGUCAGUGUUUUCACACAUGACCUUCAAAGCUUCAUACAUGGAUCACAGAAGGAACAUCUCCUGCACUGCUACAUAUCCAAGAAAAACAUCUAAUGACUUAACUGUGGAGACCACCGUGAUGCUACGAGUCCUGUUUCCUCCAAAAGAAACUCACAUCACCAUCGAUCCAUCUGCUUCAGUCUCUGUUGGCACUAAUGUGACUUUGACCUGCAAAAGCAAAGCCAGUCCAUCAAAUGACAUGAACUACACCUGGUACAAACGUGGAUAUGAGACGCCUAUAGCUCGGGGAAAGAAGAUUACCUUCAGUGCAACUCAAAAGAAUGCAUCAUGGUAUUCCUGCACUGCACAGAAUCAACAUGGAAAACAGUCAUCAGCAGAGAUCCAGCUCACAGAUGAAGUUACAGACAUUUCACAGGACAUGGGACAAGAUGGACACUCUAUGCCUCUGAUUGCUGGUUGUGUGGGAGGAAUCGUGGCAGUUCUCAUGCUCUCUGCUUUUGGUUUUUGUGCAAGGACCAGGACAAAGACACACAGGGGAGACAAUUCUGGACAAAAUCAGUCCUUGAAUCAGGCACAGGAUGAAACUAUUGACAGGAAUUCCACAUAUACUAAUGUCCUCACCGUGACCAACCAGGACAACAAGAUCUCUGAUGAUUAUAGUGUGUAUGAGUUGAUGACUCAGUUCGACCACAAUACAGUGAAAGACUCAACUGAAGAAGACAACAAUGAAAAAGGUUCAGAUGUAGUAUAUGCUCAAGUCCACAUGAUACACAAAAAACCAAAAGCCAUCAGUGUUGUGCAUGAGGACAUUUAUGCUCAGGUGAAAAAAUAAUGUUUUACAUCUCACAGCAAAAAAAAAAAAAAGUUAUUAAAAAUGUCUUUUAUGCUCUCUUUAUGAAAAAUAAGCCUAAACAGCUACUUGAGGACAAUUACAAAAAUGAGACAAAACAAAACAAUUAUGCUUGCUUUCAAAUGUAAACUAGAAAUUCUUGUUUCUAGUAACAUUCUGAAAUUAUUUGUAUGUUAUGCUUAUAUGCAAAGUCCCUUUAAGGCAAGUCAUUGCACUCGGCGGCCAUCUUUGAAUCCUGGGCAUCAUGCAGCUCCUAUCUCUUUGAAUGGGGAAACAUCAAAUUCUCCAAAACUGUUCGCCAACCUUAUGAUGAAAUUUCAUAUUUGAAAUAACCAAUGAAAUCUAACAACAACCGGCUCAUAGAUUUAUUUUCUAAACACUCGAAUCUUGACAAAAAAAAACCCUGUAUUUCUCAGGCUGGAUCAAGUUAAUGCACAUGCGCAGACCUAAAUGCGCAUCUCUUCUGAGGCGCGUGUCUGACUGUUUCUAUAGAAACCGGUGUUAUGAAAUAUUCAGUGUCUGAGAUUUUCGGUGACACUGGGCGGAGCUUACAUGAAUAUUCACGAGUUUCCUGUUUUGUGUUAAAGCGCCACUGAAAAUUUUAGUGGACUGUCCUUGUAACGUGAUUGUGUUUCCGCGUCGAAUGAAUUUAUGAUUCUUUUUUUAUUAAUAACUGUUUAUGUAUGCUCAAUAGAUUGUAGGUUACAUUAUGUCGUGAGAUAUACUUUAGUAGUGAUUACAGCCACUGGUGGUCUGUCGUUAGUAGUGGUUCAACGGAUCACAAAACUCACGGUUCGGAUCACAUCACGGUUAUGAAGUCACGGAUCGGAUCAUUUUUGGGAUCAGCAAAAAAAAAAAAAAAAAUAAUAAUAUUAAUUAGGGGUUGGUGGUAACUUAACUUUGCAUUUAUUACUUAGCCCACUUUAACUACAGCAGAAACUACAAGCCUAACUACAUUAUUAAAGGCAAGUGAACAGACUGUAAAAAGAAAAACUUUUUACAACUUUAAUUUAGUAGUAAAGAAAUACUGUACACCAAUUACAAGCAUAGAUAAAUACAACAUAAAGUUACAAAUAAAAUAUAAGUUCUAACUGUAGUAUUAAUUUUCGUGUACAGAAAUGUAAUAAUUAAAUAUAAAAAGAAACUGUUCACUGUGUAAAUGUAAUAUAGGUUAAUCUUUGUUAAAGCUGUGUUUUGUUGUUUGAUUUACAUUAUAGACAACAGCAGGUAUUUAUAGGUUGCUGUCACUUUAAAGGUGAUGAUACAUGGGGCAACUUUUUGAGCAAUGUUGCUGGGCAAUGUUGCCGUCAGCGGGCAACCUGAUGAGACACAGGGCAACUAAUUAGGGCAACGGACAGCUGGCAGCAACUAAUCAGAGAGGAGCAAAUCUAUUGUCAACCCAAUAAAUACUUUAUUAUAAACACUUGUUAGGCACUUUAUUUCAACUUUUCAAAUAUUUUCUUCAUUUUAAUUAAAAAUAAAUGCUUUUCCGAUCUGAUUUUUGAUAGGAAAGGGGAGAAGAGCGAGUUCGGCAAAAGGCGGAUUCGAACCCGCGUCGAUCGCAUCAAAAGCUACAUACAUGUACCAUACGCCCUACAGCUUACGCUACUACAGACGUUAAAUGGACCUUGUCCUUUUAGUAUUUAACUGAAAACAUUCGAUGGCUUAAUUACAAUUUACACGUAUUACAUUAAACAGUUGUUGCUAUUUUAAGCAUUAUAUGAGGUAAAUUCCCUGUUUUGGGUUGACUCUAGUGAUGGCCGAUUUCGAAACACUGCUUCAUGAAGCUCCAAAGCUUCAUGAA